GUUACGGAAACCUAAGGCUAUAUUCCUUCCUUGGCCACGGCCCCCAUUAUCCUGCUAUCCCAUUCGGAAUUCUGACAUCCACAUUUCUGGUCGACAUGAAAGCAUCCCAAAUAAGGCUAACAUCUUUUCAUCAGAAGCUUCUUCGCGGCGAAACCAUAUACUUACCCCCAGCAGUUUCUCCACUCCGCAUUUCAUAAUGGGUUUCGACAUGAGCUCGUCUUCUGAGCUCCCAAUGAUGAGGCGUAUAAAAGUCCUUCCUUGCGGGAACAGAUCCCUUUGAGGUGUAUCCUCGUUUACCAUUUUCCUGGGAAUGGAUCUUGCAGAAGGGAGUGUCGAUAGCGAAAAGGCUUCCCAUGGACCUGAUACGCUUUUAUCUGACGAAGAACUCAGGAAAGUCCAACGGCGGAUUGAUGUUCGCAUCAUCCCAUGGUUAUGCAUAACCUACCUAGACAUGCGCAUCGACAUCAACAUCUCCAACGCCGCUAUCAUCAACAUCGAACAAGGACACGGGAUCAAGAAACAGCUGCACCUGAGUACGCAAGAUUGGAACUGGAUUGUUUCGUGUUUCUUCUACCCCCAUGCUGCUUUUGAGCUGGUCUCUACGCUCCUGAUGAAGCGUACAACGUGGACCGAGCUUCUGGAUCGGCUAAAUCAUGAUAACAUGGGGAGUCAUCGUCAUGUGCAUCGCAUCCGUGCAAAAUUACCGUGGCCUCAUAACUUGCCGAUACUGGGUGCCGCCGAAGCGGGGUACUACCCCUGUGUGAUAUACUACCUCGCAUUCUGGUUUAGACCAGAAGAGCCGGCCCUCCGAGUUGCUGCAUUCCACUCGUUCGGCCAGGUUAGCGGUUUCAUAGGGGGUUUCCUGGCGUUUGCGAUUUCAUAUGCGGAUGGGGUUCUAGCGGGAUGGAGAUGGCUCUUUAUCAUCGGCAAGUGUAUACCGGCAAUCCUAAUGGGGGAGCGCGAACAAGCGAAGAUAAUCGAUCGGUUGUCUAGAGAUGCCCCUUCGAAGGAGGGAAAGACUUGGGAUAAGGGCGAGGUGUUGAGGCUCUUUGCGGAUCCGACAUUUUGGACGUUCUCUGCAGUGUGGUUUUGCCAUGCAGUGGGUGGAUUUGGGUUGUCGUAUGUCCUGCCUACAGUGAUAUACGAGCUUGGAUCUACAACCACGGCGCUGAGCAACGUACUUUCUAUGGCCCCGUCACUAAGCGUGUUUGUAUUACUGAACACGCUAGGAUGGCUCAUCCAGAAGCGUUUUUGGAACUCUUUCCAGAUAGUUAUGGGGCGUGCGUGUGGAGUUUACCAAUAUCAUCUACUGUAUAAUACUGCUCACCGUGAACGUGCCUGUGGUGCGCUACUUUGCACUGCUCGUAGCAACUGCAACCGCUGGGUCUGUGUACGCCGUGCUCUGGCCAAACCGUUUGAAGCCGCCCGGGGAACAUCAGCCGCUGGGAUGGUGAUAGGCAUUACUAAUGCCAUUGCACAGUUCCCGGGUAUCCUUGGGCUGCAAGUCUUUUCUGGCAUAUACGGACCAUCAUACAAGGUCUCGUUUUCUGUUUGUGUGGACCUUUUGGCGGGUGCGGUGGUGUGGAUUGGGACAUCUGCUGUGUUGUUGCAUCGAUUGUGGGGAGAUGGGAGGACUGGUGGUGUCUCGUCGAAGAGAAGUAUUGAAGAAGUGAAGUAA